AUGGGGGAUUCUAGAGAAGAGUCAGAAAGUUCCGAACAGAGCGUUAUGCUGUCAGAUAUCGGCAAAGGCGAAUCAAAAUGGCGACGAUUUCUUUGCUGCAGAUGUUUUGCUCCCUUCAAGAAGCUGAGGAGGAUAUUCUUUACGGCGAAGGGCUUUUUGGUUUGCUUUUCGAUGUAUAUUUUCUUCCAGUCGAUGGUUAGCUCUGGCUACACAGCUGGAGUCUCAACUUCGAUAGAACAAAGAUACUCCCUCAGAUCUUCUGAAAUCGGGACGAUUAUCUCCGCCGGCGAUAUUGGAAGUUUAAGCACCGUCGUUUUCGUCUCUUGGUUUGGUGGGAGCGGCAAUCGUCCCAGAUGGGUGGCAGGAGGCGGCUUCCUCGUCGUCCUGGGUUCCCUCCUCUUCACCCUUCCGCAGCUGAUUUCGGGUCUGUACCAGCCCAGCGGGUCGGACCCAAACAGCAUCGACGGCGACCUGUGCCAGUCAAACUACUCGGUUUUCAAUCCAGACGACUGUCUUAACGUCGGCCCAAAGAACUCGCUUUACAUGUUCAUUUUUCUGCUCGCUAAUUUGAUCAUUGGCAUGGGUGGAAGUCCCAUUUACACUUUAGGGACGACUUAUGUCCACGACGCUGCUCCAGUGAGAUCUGCGCCUGUUUAUGUUUCGGUGGUCUAUCUUGUUGGAGCGAUUGGACCAGCAGCUGGUUAUGUUCUUGCUUCACAAGUCGAAAACCGCUGGGUAGAUCCGUUUCAAGAGCCUUCCGUCAGCCCAGCCGAUACAAGAUGGGUCGGUCAGUGGUGGCUUGGAUACUUUAUCGCCGCUGUUUUCGUUUUCCUCAGCUUGCUUCCCAUGUUUCUGUUCAAAAAGCAGCCGCCUAGCAAUAUCGUCGAGCUCAACUCGUCGGAGAAUUCUGAAUUGAACGAAGAACUCAUCAAUCAAUCGACAACAAGCUCACAGAUGAGCUUUGGGAAUUCUAUAAAAGAUCUGCCUCGAAACCUAAUCAAACAACUGUCAAACAAAGCCUUCACCCUGGUGACUCUCACAAUGUGCUGCGAGUUUACAAUCGUCGUUUCAUUCCUUACUUUUAUGCCGAAAUAUCUUCAAGAACAGUUCUCCAUCGAUUCUUCAAUUUCUGCUUUGCUCUGUGGUGGCGUUCUUUUGCCAGCCGCCGGACUUGGCAUCGUCUUGGGCGGGUAUUUGAUCCGUCGCUUCGAUCUGGACAUGGUCGGCUGUGCGAAAAUGGCCACUUUCACUUCGAUCCUCUCGAUUUGCCUGAUCAUUCCUGUUUUCUUUCUGAAAUGCGGAAGCGCCCCUAUCGCAGGCGUCACGAUCGACUAUCCUACAGAGAGCGAUACGAUUAGCGAUCAUGGGGAGCUGCCGCUCGCCGAAUGCAAUCAAAACUGCGAUUGUAGCGGCGUUUAUCAACCGCUGUGCUACGAGCACGUGACUUUCGUCAACCCCUGUCUUGCCGGCUGCCAGAUGUCAGUCAAUGGCUCCUUUGCUGAUUGCGCCUGUCUUGGCAAUCCCGCUGCGCCAUCGAUACCCACUGGCGCUUGUGAAAAGGACUGUUUCCACAUGAUGGCGCCAUUCCUCGUCUUCGUCUUUGUCGUAACAUGCGUUACUGCUAGUGCCCAGACUCCUGCGAUUAUGAUUACCCUCCGUUGCUGCGCAGAUGAUGAAAGACCGCUGGCGAUGGGUGUCCAGUUCCUCAUCAUGCGACUGCUUGCUUAUAUUCCCGCCCCCAUGUAUUUUGGCGCCGCUAUUGAUAUGGCUUGCAUUCUUUGGGACAAUACUGCUUCUGAAUGCGACGACGAUACAGGCGCGUGCGCAAUUUACAGUCCCGAUAUUUUCCGCUACAUCUACUUCGGCUUGACGAUCGGCGUCAAGCUCCUUGCUUUUCUGCUCGCAGCGGCACUCUGGCGAGAGCUGUUCAGAAGAAAGAAAUGCUCCGAAAACGGAUCUUUGCACGAGUCCACUUCACUGCCGACAAGCGACUCGAUCGUGACCCCAACUGCUGCUUCAUAA